UAUACUUCAAAAGUAAUAAAAUUUAGUAACAGUGCUGUGUAUAGUUAGAUUUUGAUAAGAUUGGUUCUCUCAAGUGCAAUUAUCAUGCGUAAGUAAACGGGUGUGGUCGUCCUUUUACAUCUAUAAGAAUGGAUUUCGUUCGUUGUCCCGUAUGCUUUGAAAAUUUUUCGCUCGAAAAACGGCCAAUGACCAUUUGUGCAAAUGGACAUUCUCUGUGCGAACAAUGUUCUACUACAAUAAGAUCGCGAGCUACAGCAACAUGCUGUACAUGUCGCGGUCGACUACUGCCGUCACCGAUCCCUAAUAUCAGUGUGCUAAAUAUGAUCGAACAGAUUCACGAUAUUAUGGUUGAAAUACAAGUUAUCGAAGCUAACGAACUGACUAUUGAACCUACACCAUUCGGAUAUGGUGGUAAUGCUGAUGUUUUCCGAGCUAAAUGGAAAGGUGAAACUGUAGCCGUAAAACGGAUCCGCACGGGAGUAAGUGAUACACGACAAAUGGCUCAAUUAAAAGCCGAAAUUGCGGUUCAUGUCGGUUUGAGACAUCCAUGCAUCAUUUCGUUGUUUGGAUUCACGGCCAUCGGCGGUGGAAGGGAAAUUGUAAUGGAAUACGCAGAAAGGGGUUCAUUGAAGUGUAAUUGGAGAUCAGUGGAAGAAGCUCAACAUAUUGACUGGGGGUUGGAUGUCGUUCAUGGUUUGGAAUUUUUGCAUAGCCGGAAAAUCGUUCAUCGAGACUUGAAGCCAGAAAAUAUUUUAAUCGCACAGGACAAUCGUGCAAAAAUUUGUGAUUUUGGAAUGGCAAGACUGUUGGCAACAAUUCAACAUAAUACAGCCGGCGUAGGCACUCCGAAAUACACUGCUCCUGAGCUCGUGAAUUCCAGAGCAACCUACAGCAAGGACGUUGAUAUAUACAGUUUGGCGAUGAUUUUUUAUGAAAUGUUCUCCGGUCAGAUUGCAUUUGAAGAUCAAGAUCCGUUCCAACUUUUGACAACUAUUUACCUGAACAGGGAGCGACCCACAUUCAGCUCAACAUUUCCGUCACACAUGCUCAGGGCAAACAUCGAGUCGGGAUGGUCACAAGAUGCCACGGAUCGAUGUGAUCUUGACGAUUUUCGAGAAACCUUGUUGGAAAUGAAAUUCUCGGAGGUAUCACCGACGAAUACCAUCGCAACACGACAGACGGUCAGUGUGUCGAUGGAAGAACAGGCAAGAAGUACGCAGCUGAUUUUAUUGGAUUACUCGCGAACCAUUGAAAUGAAUUGGCCGGCUCAAAGUGAUGAUACAACGAGGCGCAUCGAGUGUAUGAUGGACAGUAUGCGCAAAUCAUCGUCAUUCCGUAAUGUGUUCAACGAUAACAUACUCAAUGCAACGUUACAGGUGCCGAAACAUUUAUUUUUCGAUCUGGACGAAUUCAAAAGACUAGCAGGCGUUGAUGACGACAGUGUUUGUUUGGAACGAAUUUACAGUUAUGCUCAAGCACAACGGGUCAAUCGAAAUCAGAAUAUGAGUUCCACCGAGAUCACAUGCGCUCAAUUGAGUUUGAUUCCUCUGAAUGCGGGCGAUCGGGUGUUAUUUAUCGGCGCCAAGGGCGGUUACAUUCAAACCAUAGCCGCUCAGAUUGUUGGACUGCAAGGUGAGAUUUGGAUAUGUUCACAAGACCGUGACGGCAUCAAGCAUGUUGAGAACGUUCGUAAAACGCAUAUUCCGAUCAUUUUACGACAAAUCAUCAAAUCCGUUCUGGUCAGUGAUAGCCACGAUAUCGUGCAAAUUCGAAGCGCAUUAGAGUCGCACAUCGAAUCGAUCGACGAUUAUUUCAAUGCAAUAUUGAUUUGUGGAACCAUUUCUCAGGAAGUGCUGGAAAAUUUCGAACAAUUGUUAACAAUAGAUGGACAACUGUUGGCGCCUAUUGAAUUGGACGAAGAUAGUCAAAAAUUUUCAAUUUUACAUAAAACUCGUAACAAUCGAACUGGCCAAGUCACUUCAAACGAACGCGUACUUAAGGACUGGGGUGUUCGGUUUCAGUCGGUGCAAUAACCGCAGUAACACACAACACCGCGAACACACUUUAUCCCAAUUCCUCAGUUUAUCGAGACUUCGUUGUGCAUCCAUUUUCAUCUUCAUGUUGCGCUGAGGCUUUUGUACGUUGUGUGUGUUAGAGACUCUAACAUCCAUGCGAAUGACCAAACCCCCCUAUUCUAAGAACAAUAUUGACUAACGUUUCGGACUUCCAAAUGCGUUUCACAAUCUACGGUAAUGAAAAACACAUUUUUUAUAGAAAAUUAAAAAUUUUACUACCUCGACUUGAUGAGAAUAA